CUCUCGGAAUUGGUGUUGCAGAAGGUAAGCGAUUCAGACACAUCUAAGAUUUGAUAUCCCUACUCUUCUAUCUGAUCCCUCCAAUGAAUCUUGCUUCAAUUCUUUCGUAUUAGUUUCAGAUCAGAUGAAUAGAUCGUUUCUCUUUUGAAAUGUUUUCUCAACCAAAUCCUAAUUUCGUCCCUUGUAAUCGGUUUGGAGUUUUGCCUUUGCUAGCAAUUGAUUAGUAAAACCUUGAAAGGUUUUGAAAGUUUCAUUCUUUUAAUGUUAUUAGUUAAACUCGGGUUUGCAACUUCAAUCUAUUUAAUCGUGUGUUGUUUCAUAAUCUUUUUGUCUUAGAUUUUGGUGUUUCUUAUGCUCCCUUUCAGUGCACUGUGCAUUGAUCCUUUGUAGUUUAUUAUUUUGGAAAUAGUGUGGUUAAAUGCAAUUAUUUUGCAAAUUUGGAAGAAAAGUUAACAGGACUGGUGAAGUAUCAAAAUUUGGGGUUUUGCUACGAUGACGCUAGGUGCUCGGCUUGUUGCUCCCAUGAUUAUACUUCUCCUUUUUAUACCGAUUGAAUUAGUUAAAGCGGAAGUCAUUACACUGACACCAGAAACCUUUUCUGACAAGAUAAAGGAGAAGGAUACUGCGUGGUUCGUAAAGUUUUGUGUUCCUUGGUGUAAACACUGCAAGAAACUGGGGAAUUUGUGGGAAGACUUGGGAAAAGCAAUGGAGGGAGACGAUGAAAUUGAGGUUGGUGAAGUAGACUGUGGUACUAGCAGAGCUGUUUGCACCAAAGUUGAAAUUCACUCGUAUCCAACAUUUAUGCUAUUUUACAAUGGAGAAGAAGUUUCGAAAUAUAAAGGAAAAAGAGACGUUGAAUCGCUCAAGGCUUUUGUUGUAGAGGAAACUGAAAAGGCAGCAGAAAAAGCACAGCUUGAAGACAAGGAACUGUGAUACAACUAGUCGGUGAUUAUUAGAACCUGAUACAUUGUUCCCUUUGGUUUUCAUUUUGCCUAUGCAGUUGUGUGACUCUUACCGUUAGUUAGAUAGGCAUGGUUUUCAGCACGAUGGAGGAGCAUCUUUGGGUUUAAAGGUUUUUCACACCACUGUUUUGCUAAAAUAUUCAGUUUCCAUUUUAUUCAGAGUCAGAUAAGCAAAGACGUAAGUGUAGUUAGUCGAGAUUUCUUACAAGUUUGUGUUGUAUGUUCGUUUUAAGAGCAGCUGCAGACCAAAGUUCUUGCUUUAAAAUUUCAUAUUCAGUGAAUUGUCAGAACUAAUACGCAUGAGUAACCUUGAGAAAGAGACAGAGUAAUGCGAAC